AGGGUGCUCCCGCGUCCCACGCGGAUGCCCCAGUGCCUCCCCGUGUCCUCCAGGGACGCCCCUGUGUUCCCCAGGGAUGCUCCUGUGUCCCCAGCCGGACAAGGUGCCCUCAGACAAGACCCUGUGUGAGACCCCAUGUGCCCCCUCCAAAGCCUGAUGCCCCGCGCAGGGUGAUGCCCCGGGGUGCUCAUGUCCCCUCCCUGCCCCAUGGAGCUGGAGAUCACAGCUAGGAGCCCCCAGAGCUGCUCCAUUAUCUACCCUAAGCAUCCCUGGGAUGUAUCCCUGGAGGGGGGGCCAAGGGGGUGAGCAGGGCAGCCUGGAAAUACUGGGUGUGAUGGGUGCUGGGGGGCAGCCGUGGGGGGGCUGGGGAGCGCCUUCCUCGGGAAGGGACCUCCCACACCAGAGACAUGAGCACGGGUGCUUCCCGGGAGCCCCGGACCAGGUGGGUGCCCCCAGGGUGGGUCCCCAUGGGCAUCAGCAUGUUGGAUCCCAUCCCGGCAUCCCUGCUGGCCACUGGUUGGGUGUGGAUGUGGCACCCCGAAGGCAUGGCACCGUAUCUUGUGGGGGAUACGGGUGCUCCAAGACAGAUGUAUAGGGAAGGGAAGGGAGUGUGUGUUUGCCCAGCAGGGAAGAGGUUAACGCCGGGGGGUUUCGGGGUGUCCCCAGCCGGGUACACCCAGACUCAUCCUCGUACUGGUGACCUCACACCACUGCCAUGGCAACGGCUCAUGAAGUUGCCGGUAUCCUCUAGCAUGGGGUGAUGGGAUGGGAGCGUGGGGAAGCUGCCUCGUGCUCACCACCCACCCUCGGGCCCCCCAGAAUGAGCUGUGCCCCCGCCAGCACCCCAACCUCCGCCUGACACUGUGACCCUGUCACCAUGCUCAUCAAGGAGUACCGCAUCUGCAUGCCGCUCACCACCGAGGAGUACCGCGUGGGGCAGCUCUACACCAUCAGCAAGCACAGCCACCAGGAGAGUGAGAAGGGCGAGGGCGUCGAGGUGGUGAAGAACGAGCCCCACGAGGACCCCAUCCACGGCCACGGCCAGUUCACUGAGAAGCGCGUCCACCUCUCCAGCAAACUGCCAAGCUGGGCACGGGCAGUAACCCCCCGCAUCUUCUACAUCACAGAGAAGGCCUGGAACUACUACCCCUACACCAUCACUGAGUACACAUGUUCCUUCCUGCCCAAGUUCUCCAUCUACAUCGAGACCAAGUACGAGGACAACUGCGGGGACAGUGAGAACAUCUUCCACAGUGACAAAAUCCUGGGCGACCACGAGGUCUCCUUCCUGGACAUUGCCUUUGACGAGAUCCCUGAGCGGUACUACCGCAGCCUGGAGGACCCCCGUUUCUUCAGCUCAGCCAAGACGGGCCGGGGGCCGCUGCGGGAGGGCUGGCGCCAGCACACCAAACCCAUCAUGUGCUCCUACAAGCUGGUGAGCGUCAAGUUCGAGGUCUGGGGGCUGCAGACACGGGUGGAGCAGUUCGUGCACAAGGUGAUCCGGGACAUCCUGCUGAUUGGUCACCGGCAGGCGUUCGCAUGGGUGGACGAGUGGUGUGACAUGUCCCUGGAAGAGGUCCGGGACUUCGAGAGUCAGAUGCAAGUGGCCACAAACCAAAAGCUGGGGAGCCAGCAUCCCUAAACCCCUCCCACAUGCUGCCUGCAGGGCACGGGGACCCCGGACCCCACCACACUGUCUGCGGGCGGGUGCAGGCAGGAGGGCUUGUGCAUGGUGCACGCUGAGCCCCCCCUGCACCCUGAGGCAAGGGUCCCCCUCUGCUCUGCCUGCGCAUCCACUUGCCCGCGCUGCCUGCCCGUCAUUUCCCCACUGCUGCCUGGGCUGGUGCCGGAGGUGGGGGCAGCGUCCCCUGCCUUGCAAGUCCCCCUGUCCCCUUCCCAGCACCCAGCUCGGUGAGGAGCCGGCGCAUGGGGCACAGGCCGCCCCGCGGUGCGGAGCGCAGGUUUGUCCGUGCCGAGCGGCUCCAAGCCCGGCUGUGCUCGCAGGGAUGACGAUGGAGGAGGUGAGGCGCUACGAGCGGGAGACGCAGGAGGCCACCAACGAGCUCGUCGGGCUGGUGGCCCCCACCAUCGCUGUCAGCGAAGUGGGGCAGCCGACGGCCACGCACUCGGCACCCGCCAGCGCCCCC